GGAUGCGUACCCGCGCGACGCCGGAGAAAGAUGGCGGCGCCCGUCCUCAGAGUGUCUACCCCUCGGUGGGAAAGAAUAGCUCGGCUCUUAGUCUGCAUGUUCGGCAUGGUGCUGUCAAUGUACGCCCUCCAUGUAGAAAGGGAAAAGGCGAGAGACCCGAAUUACCAAGCCAUAUGCGACGUGAUCACUUCCAUGGGCUGCUGUAAAGUGUUCAACUCCAGGUGGGGUCGAGGAUUUGGGCUGUUCGGCUCAGUAUUUGGAAAAAACGGUGUAAUGAACCAGCCGAACAGUGUCUACGGCUUUGUGUUUUACAUAUUCCAACUGUUACUAGGGAUGACAGUGAGUGCAAUGGCAGCUCUCAUUCUCAUGACCACAUCCAUUGUGUCAGUAAUGGGCUCUCUCUACCUAAGCUACAUUCUUUACUUUGUGUUGAAAGAUUUUUGUAUUGUCAGCGUUAUAGCAUAUAUACUGAACUUGGUCCUUUUUGUUCUUAACUACAAGCGACUUGUUUAUUUAAAUGAUGCCUGGAAGCAACAACUUCACCCUAAACGGGACUAAAUUUCAGAAGAAGAGGAAGACAACAGCGAAGCAAUUGGAAAAAUGUGACUUUUGAUCAUUUAUUUUGUCAUUGGGAGAUCUUUUUUUUCCAGUUGCAUCGGUGAAACAGAAUAAGAUUUUUGUUUUUGUAAGCGCUAAUUUGAACACUGAAAGUGUGUGUGUGUUUGUAUAUGUGUGUAUGUAUAU